AUGGGCUUCGAAUAUGCCUUAGUCCAUCUCAAAUAUAAUAUCCCGCCAGCCAUCGUCUUGACAUUCAUUUAUCGACCUUUCAUCCAGCGUAUAGAUAUCUACAAGAUUCUAUUCCUCAUAGCCAUUGCUGUCGUUUCAACCAUUCCUUGGGAUUCAUAUCUCAUCAAGCGGAAAAUAUGGACAUAUCCACCUAAUGUGAUCAUUGGUCCUAAACUGUUCUUGAUCCCCGCCGAAGAACUAUUUUUCUUUGUAAUACAGACAUACAAUACUAGUCUUCUUUAUUUGCUCUUGAGCAAACCAGUCUUUCAUUCGACCUAUCUUGGGGGCUGGGAACGUCCGGGUGAAAAGAAACGGACACCUUGGGAUCCGCUGGCUCUGCCGAUUUCUUUGAAAUCUGCGCGAAAUUCGGGCCAACUCAUCAUUGGAUCUCUGAUCUUAACAGGAGGCUUCCUCAUUGUGCAAAAUGCCAGAGGAACGUAUUUAGGAUUGAUUCUGGCUUGGGCAGGGCCAUUUGCCCUACUACUAUGGAGUCUAUCUCACGCAUUCUUGAUCAGACUUCCCUACACAACUACUCUAUUGCCAAUUACUCUAUCCACUUUAUAUCUAUGGAUAGUUGAUACAUUGGCAUUGAAAAGAGGCACGUGGAGCAUCGAAACAGGGACAAAAUUAGGUUUGCACUUGUGGGAUGGACUUGACAUAGAAGAAGCUGUGUUUUUUCUUGCAACCAACAUACUCAUUGUAUUUGGUCUUGUCGCUUUCGAUCAUGCAUUGGCUAUUUUGUUUACGUUUCCUACCUUGUUUCCGACUGUUCCUGAAUGUCCUUCCCCCAAAAUGCUGGUGUGUGCACUUUUAACAGACACAUGCAAGUACGAUAACCUUCGAAUUGCAGGUAUUCAAGAGGCUGCGGAGCUAUUGAGACGAAAGAGCAGAAGUUUCUAUAUGGCAAGCUCCGUCUUUCACGGCCGCCUUCGAAUUGACUUGAUUCUGUUAUACUCUUUUUGUAGAGUUGCUGAUGAUCUUGUUGAUGAUCCAAACAACACUGAUUCUGAGGCUCGGGAAUGGAUCGCCAAACUUAGUCACUACCUUGACCUCGUGUAUGCAUCAAAAGAAACGGCCAGUGUGGCUGCUUUGUGCCGUUCUGACAUUGAUAAAUACAUUCAAGGUAGCUUUCCACCAUCUUUAUAUCGGACACUUCGCCUUUUACCAACUCACAUUCUAUCUUCCAAGCCUUUGUACGAGUUACUGGAAGGAUUCAAGACGGAUUUAACAUUUCAUCAAACAAAUUGUUACAGAAAUACCGGUGAAUCUCCUAUCAGAGAUGAGCAUAAUCUUACGAUAUAUAGCAGACGAGUUGCUGGGACAGUAGCUGAGAUGUGCUUGGAACUAGUUUUCUAUCAUAGUUCUGCUGUUGUCUUAUCACACAGACGUGACGAGCUAAUUCAUGCCGGGGCCCGCAUGGGAAUCGCUCUACAGUAUAUCAACAUUUGUAGAGAUGUAGCAACAGAUGCUGAGAUUGGAAGAGUCUACCUUCCAACUUCCUGGCUCGAGGAAGAAGGGAUAAAACAUCAGGACGUUGUGGAGAAUCCUAGCGGGCCAAUCAUUGACAAACUGAGAGGAAGAUUGUUAAAAAAGGGGUUUGCCAUUUAUCAGGAGGCUCGCCCUGCUAUCGAACAAAUCCCAGAAGAUGCCAGAAUGUCAAUGAGAGUUGCUGUUGAAAGCUAUGUUGAGAUAGGAAGAGUCCUAGAAGAGAAUGAGUACAUAGUCACUAAAGGUCGGGCAACAGUACCGAAACUGCGGCGCAUAGGAGUUGCUUGGAAGGCAUUGAGGCAAGGUUGA